GCAAAACAACAAAAACCAGACAGACACAAUUUCCGUCACAAGUUAGAAUCGUAUGCUAAUAAAAAACUUAUGUAAUCUAAAUGGUUAUUAUGUUAUGGCCACCACUUUUCUUUAUUUUUUAUCAUUAUGUUUGUUAUAUGUAGUAGGUAGUUUUGUUGGAAGUGCAAAUUUGUCUGAUAAUAACACUGUUAAAAAAAACCUACUAUGGUUUUUAUGUUUUUGAAACAACAUCUUCUGUUAAUAUCUUUAACACAAUGAAAAUGUAACUUUUGUUGUUGACUGAUGUCACUUGCAAUGUCCUAAGUUUUUAACUGUUUAUAUACUUGUAGAGAAUAUUAUUUUCUGGGUGAAAGAAUUUUCGGGAUGACUUAAUACAAACGUUACCAGUUUAGUAAGCAGCUUGGUACUGUAGCAAUAAAAUAUUUGGAGCAAUAUGGCUUCAAGUGAUGAAACACAGAGAAAUUUGAAUAAUAUUCAACUCAGUGAAAUAAUUCCUCUUAUGGAACAAAUACAUCAUCAAAAUGGUCGUUUUGUGCCAAACAUUGGCAUUCCUAGUGCCAUGAAACAGAAGGAAGAAAUGGUUGUUGAAAGAAUGAUGGAACAUUGUGGUUUCAAGACAGGAAUGGCAUGUGUUCUAGGUUAUGCACUUGGUGGCGCGUUUGGUUUGUUUACAGCUGGAUUAGACACAAGCAUGCCAACUUCCUUAACACCACAACAAGACCAGUCAGCGAAAGCCAUUUUUAAAGAAAUGAAAACGCGUGCAGGAUCUUAUGCGAAAAACUUUGCUGUUGUUGGAGCUAUGUUUUCUGCAUCAGAAUGUAUGAUAGAAUCUUAUCGAGGGAAAACCGAAUUAAUAAACGGGACUAUGGCAGGAUGCAUCAGUGGUGGUUUACUUGGAUUACGAGCAGGACCGCAAGCAGCAGCAUUUGGAUGUGCUGGCUUUGCUGCAUUUUCGACUGCUAUAGAUUAUUACUUUCGACAUUAAAUUCUUUUUUUAUUUCUUCAUAUUAUUAAUACUUGUAACAUGUAUAUUUAUUGUUUAUUGUAGAGUUACUUUAAAGUGCAAUUAGUUGAAGAGUUAAAUUUUAUAA